AUGCCGCAGGUUUCCGACAUGUCCCUUGCAACAGGAGGCAUGCAGGCGGCUCGCGCUGCCUUGUUGAUACUUGAUAACCGGCACAAAGGCAAAUUUGCCUUGAGCCGUGGCGAUGAUUACAUCUUUCUGCCGGGUGAUGCCUGCGGUCACAACAUCAUCAUUGCGACCCUACCCGAUGGCCAGGAAUACGGGAACGGUUCCGCAGCUGCAAUUGCCAGUCAAGUGAAGAAAUUCUUUCCAAACCUCUGGUUUGGCCUGCUCGUUGGCGUAGCCGCGGGUCUCCCAAAUUUCUCGCGGCUCCCGCCCCUAGAUAUCCGUCUGGGAGAUGUUCUCGUCGGCUCCCCAGAGGGCGAUAGCCCAGCACUCGUUGCUUACGAUCUGGGAAAGGAGACAGAGGCACAUGGCUUCCAACCACUACAUGGUGGACGUAUACUGUCUGCUACGGAAACAGUCGUUCGCUCGGCCAUUGGCAGCAUCAAACUCGAAGCCCCCAACGAUGCAGAUUUGUUUUUACCAUUUUACGAAAAUAUUAAAAACAAAGAGCACUCAGCCGGCACAUUCAUCGAUCCUGGUCAAAAGAAUGAUAUGUAUUAUCAUGUUAAUGACGAUGGGGUGGAAUAUAUAUUGCAACGAGAACCGAGACCGGCCUCUAGGAGGACUCGGGUCUGGUACGGGCCGCUCGGCUCAGGCGAAAAGCUGAUGAAGAAUGCACGAAAAAGAAAUGAGCUCCGAGACAGGUACAACAUCAUUGGUCUUGAGAUGGAGGCCGCUGGCACUAUGAAUAGCAUCGCCGUGGGCGUCAUUCGAGGUGUCUGCGACUAUGGGGACGAACACAAGAAUAAGGACUGGCAGCCAUACGCUGCUGCAAUGGCUGCGGCGUAUGCUAAAGCUGUGUUGUCACAGAUCACACCAGAAGCAGCUAUGCAAAGGAAAGAAUCGGAGACGCAGAGUGGCAUUGCGAAGGCCCAAACUAGUGUCCCCGAACGUCUGCUCGAGCAGAGCUCUGGGACUGAAGCGAAAUUUCCAUCGCCGAGUCAUCGUGUUGAAGACCUCAAGAUGCAACCUGCACAUAGUUUCACCAGAGAACCCGAGAUUGGGACAUUAACUAAAGAAGAGGAGGAUCGCUUGCUCCACUCACUCGCAUUCAAGCAAAUCGACAACCGGCGUAAUGACAUCGAAUCCGCAUUUGGAAAGACCUGCCAGUGGUUGUUAAAGACGCCUGAGUUUCGGGACUGGCUUGACCCCGAAAAGCUCGGCGAGCAUCACGGCUUUUUAUGGAUUAAAGGAAAACCGGGGGCAGGGAAGUCGACACUUAUGAAUUUUGCCUUGCAACAUUUUCAAGAGGCAAAAAGAAGCGACAACAUUCUUUGUUUUUUCUUCCACGCUCGUGGAGAUGACCUGGAGAAGUCCACAACCGGAAUGUAUCGAUCACUAUUGCUACAAGUCUUUGACAAGAUUCCACGGCUUCGACAUGUACUCAACUGCUUCCGAUUCACGAUCAAGGACGGGGGCAUCCCGAAUUGGACUACUCAGCAUUUGAAAACGCUGUUUUCCCGAGUUGUGCAGGACCUCAGACAGUCCCCAUUGAUGCUUUUCAUCGACGCUCUAGACGAGUGCGACGAGGAUCAGAUUCGGGACAUGGUGGAGUAUUUCCAAGAUAUUGCCGAAAAAACCAGGCAGAAGUGUACUAUGCCGAGAGUCUGCUUUGCGAGCAGGCACUACCCUCACAUCACAAUCGAGAAGGGGAUCCAUUUAGACGUUGGCUCACAAGAGGGACAUAAUGAAGACAUAUCGAUCUACGUCAAAAGAAAGCUACGCAUAGGACAAGAUGCAUUUGCCCAAAGAAUUCAAGCUACACUGAUUGAGAAGGCAUCCGGGGUGUUUACGUGGGUUGUCUUGGUGGUAAAGAUUUUGCAGAAGGUGUAUGACGGGGGAUACAAACACGAGCUUGAAGGCCGGUUACAGAAAAUACCCCAACGCCUGCAUGAUUUAUUCCGCGGCAUUUUAACACAAGAUGGCACUCGCCAAAAAGAAUUACUUUGCUGCAUUCAGUGGGUGCUCUUUGCGCGACGCCCCUUGGGUCCCCGCGAAUUACGUCAAGCCAUUAUCUGCGGCGUGGCACCAGAUCGGGCGCGUGACUGGCUUUGUGAGAAGAUUGAGGAAAAUGAAAUCAGGCGUUUCAUUAUCGAUUGUUCAAAAGGGUUUGCGGAAACGACCAAGCAUACAACUGUCCAAUUCAUCCACCAGUCUGUGAGAGACUAUCUUCUUGAACAUGAAAGUAUCCAGAUAUUGUGGCCGGAUGCACCCGAAAGGUUCAAGGGAAAAAGCCAAGAACGACUGAGUCAAUGUUGCCUCGAUUACUGUCACGCGAUCUUCCCAUUGUACUCAAGGAUCGAAAAGUCUUGCCCAGCAGCAACGCAGAGGAAGGAGCCUCAUCAAUCGAAUACACUAGGGCUUCGCUAUAUGCUGUCCUCGAAAGAAUUUUCUUUCCUCAAAUACGCUGUUCAAAAUGUCUUGUACCAUGCAGAUGCGGCAGAAGGCGCUGGCAUCGACCAAGGUCAAUUUCUCGCAUCUUUCCCCCUUCAUCACUGGAUCAAGCUGGAGAGCAUCAUGCCGGUAAUGAGGCCCGGACACGACAAUAAUGCAAGUCUUUUGUACAUCUUAUCGGAGUACAACGCAGCGAAUCUCAUCAAGCGCUGUCCAGAGAAUUUGAAUGGUUUCAAAAAAGAAGGAGGACAAUUUGGCUUACCUAUUCUGGCAGCAUCUGCACGUGGACAUCACCGAUCAGUUCUGGCGCUCAUGGAGGCUCAUGCUAUUAACGAGCCACUUCGCGACAUAUGUCAACAGUACGCUCGCAGCGUUGAAACUGGGAGUAUCUCAUAUCCAGGAAAAUACUGGUCUUACUCGGAGUCCUGGAGCGUCUUUAAGAUUCUGGUACUAGCUGACAACGCGCUCAUACUUGAUUUCGCCCUCACCUCUGGUCAGGUAACUCCAACCGCUGCCGAGUGGAACUUGUUUGGUUGUACAAACAGAACCGAAGACAUGAUUCAGGUGCAUCGCAAGCAUGGACCCUAUUACCUUGGCUUUAACAAAGGCAAGCUGAAAAUACAGGAUUUUGAACCCUAA